AUUUCUAUACAUCUUUUUACAGAAUUAUAACAGAAUUAUUAAUUAUCUAAGAAAUAAAUAAGUGAGUUAUAUGAACAUAAGUACAAUUAACAACAAAAAAGAAAACACACAAGUGGUCAAUCAGGAAUUAACAUACAUAAGAUAAGAUGUAGGGCUUUCUGCAUUUUACAACAUUUAAUAUAUCUUUUAGAUUAUAUUAUCUCAUUUAUGGGUGUUUUUCAGAAAUCGGCAUUUAUGCAUAAAUUAUAAAAUAAUUAAAUUGUUAUUUCUUAUACAUUUAGCAACUCAGCUUCCGGUAUUGUUCUGCGUCCGCAUUUGAUGACGUUUGAGCAUAGAAAUUAAUGCUUUACUACCUAAUUUGUGAGAAUAAAAUCUCGUUAAAUGUUUGUUUUCAUCAUUUAUUUCACAUAUAAAGCUUAAAAGAUUAAUGUUAACUAACUUUGACUGUAGCUGUUGUUUAGAAUUCUAUGAUAUUCUAUUUAUAAUGUGAUCUACUCCAGUUCUAUGUUUUUCUCUACGUGGUCCCUACGCUACUCUCGCGAGAUCGAGGCGCCUGUUAAAUCUCGUAGUCAUGGCUGCGCCGCCGGAAGUGGAGAGUUUGGAGUCUCGUAUCAACAGAGCAACAAAUCCGCUCAACAGAGACACAGACUGGAGCAGCAUCCACGCCUUCUGCGACCAGCUCAACAAUGACCUGGAGGGACCCCAGCUGGCCACCAGGCUCCUGGCCCAUAAGAUCCAGUCUCCACAAGAAUGGGAGGCCAUGCAGGCGCUACUGGUUCUGGAGACCUGUGUGAAAAACUGCGGGAAGAGGUUUCACAGCGAAGUGGGCAAAUUCCGAUUUCUCAAUGAACUCAUCAAAGUGGUUUCUCCAAAGUACCUGGGCUCUCGGUCCCCGGAGCCAGUGAAGAAGAAGGUUUUGGAGCUGAUCUACAGCUGGACUCUGGGUCUUCCUGACGAGGCCAAGAUCUCAGAUGCUUAUCAGAUGCUGAAGAAGCAAGGGAUCAUUAAACAAGACCCGGAGCUGCCACCCGACAAACUGCUGAACCUCCCUCCACCCAGACCCAAGAACGCCAUUUUCGAGGAUGAGGAGAAGUCAAAAAUGUUGUCACGCCUGUUGAACAGCUCACACCCCGAGGACCUGAAGGCAGCCAACAAACUCAUCAAGGAAAUGGUCCAAGAGGACCAGAGGCGAGCGGAGAAAGUGUCCAAACGAGUGAACGCCAUCCAGGAGGUGAAGGAGAGCGUCGCUCUGCUGACUCAGCUUCUGCAGGACUACGACAGCACGGCGGUGGAUCAGAGCAACGCUGAGCUGCUACAGGAUCUGUACCAGCGCUGUGAGAAAAUGAGGCCCACUCUGUUCAGGCUGGCGAGUGACACCGAGGACAACGACGAGGCUCUGGCUGAGAUCCUGCAGGCCAACGACAGCCUGACUCAAGUCAUCAACCAGUACAAGCAGCAGGUGAAGGGAGAGGUCGUCAACGGGAACAACGCAUUAAACUCACAGAAACAAACCGGGGGAGGAACGGCGCUGCUGGACCUCUCAGGGUUGGACACGUCCCCCCAGUCGCCUCCAUCCUUCCCAGAGUUCCCCACGCCGACUGACAGCCUCAACGCCCCCUCGCAGGAGAUGGGGAUUAGUCUCCUUGACGACGAGCUCAUGUCACUCGGUCUAAGUGAAGGAACACACGCCUCCAACCCUGCGUCCCAGCCUGAGGACUCCACAGCCUGGGACUCCUUCCAGUCCUCUGAAAGCACAGACGCAGACAACCCUUCAGCGCCUGGUCUCCUCCUGAGUCCGGACCCGGCUUCACUCCCCCAGACCCUGUCCUCCGGCUCCACCCCCGGGAACUCGGCCCUGGACGAGCUGGACCUCCUGGGAAAGACACUGCUGCAGCAGUCCCUUCCUCCAGAGGGUCUGCAGGUCAAAUGGGACAAACAUCAGUCUAAACCGACUCUGAGGGACCUCCAGAGUAAAUCUGGAGUCAACGCUACCCCACAUCCCAUUCCAUCUUUCACCCAUGAACCUCCUGCACCUCUCCUCAACUCUCAGCCCGGCCUCGGAGCGACGCUGCUGGAUGCGCCUCCUUCUCACGUGGAGGCUGCUCCUGCAGAAGUCACCCUGACCGAUGUCUUCGUCCCUCUAGAAUCCAUUAGACCCAGUAGUCUCUUACCUGUCACCGUGUUCGAUGGACACAGUCUGCGGGUCCUCUUCCACUUUGCUCGUGACUCGCCUCCGUCUCGACCCGAUGUCCUGGUGGUGAUCAUCUCCAUGCUGUCCUCGGCCCCCGUCCCCGUCACCAACAUAAACUUCCAGACCACGGCUCCACAGUCUAUGGCCGUGAAGCUGCAGCCCCCAUCAGGAACAGAGCUGCCAGCUUUCAACCCCAUCCUCCCCCCUGCUGCUGUCACUCAGAUCCUGCUGCUAGCCAACCCAAACAAGGAGAAAGUCCAGCUUCAGUACAGACUAACCUUCACCAUGGGGGAGCAGGAGCACAGCGAGAGUGGAGGUCUAGAACAGUUCCCUCCCCCGGAGAAGUGGGGGAACCUAUAGCAUUUAACAACAAGCUCCACAGACUCUGACCUUGUUCCCCGACCAACUCAACACUCGACAUAAACCAGUUUUCCCUUCUUCUUCUUCUCCUUUUUUUUUUUGCAAUCACAAUGUACUUUCUGAUUCUUUUUCUUUUCCGUGCGCUUCGUUCUGAUCGAGUCCCGCGUGUCCGACAUCUACAGAGGAACGACAACUUCGUCAGGACACGGCGCCACGUAGACAAACAACAAGGCUCAUGAUUAAUCAACUCUUUGUGGUGUCGGUUUAUUUUCUGAUUAAUCUUUCAUCGAGACGACUGUGUGCACUUUUUCUCUUUUUGUUUUUUUUGGAUUGUUUUGAUGUUUUCUCGCCCUUUUUAAUCUGGUGUAAAGAACAAAACGUAGCUGUAACAUCAGAGCCGUGUACUUUCCCGCCACAUGUGCCUAUUUUGCAGUUCUAACAUUAUUUAAAGUUUAGCGAAAGGUCGUCUUCAUCCGUCGUUUGUUCGUCGUAGUAGAGAAAAUGGGACUUCUUUAGUACGGUUUUCACUAAAUAAAUCUUUAGCGCUAAGUUUAUCUUGAAGUAUUGAGUGAUGCAAACGGAGCCGCCAUUUUGGGGGAGUGUUUCAACCAACGGAUGGGGAGGGGGGGAUGCAACUGGAUGGUCCUACAACCAAUCAGCAACGUUAGAUCUUUGCAGGAGCAUCAAGAGACUCCAGACCACAAACGUUUUUGAGUGAAUCACAUUCCCCAACGAGACUGAAAUCAUCGGCAACUCUUCUGUACAUUUGACUUGUGCAACAGCAUAAACACUGGUAAAAAUAUUCCAAAUGGGUUAUAAUAAAGUUUGUUUUUUUUCUUC